AUGGCCAGUACGGUUCCGGACCUCGAGUCGAUAGGCAUGAAAGCAGAGCAUGAGCUUGCCGACCAAUUCCGUCGCGAAGUCGCACACCUCCUCGGCCGCAACUCGCUCAGCUUCCCCGGCGCGCAACCCGUGAGCUUCUCGUCACAACAUUUGACUGAGUUGCAGAGGAGGGACUAUUAUGUUUGCGAAAAAACAGACGGUAUACGAUGUCUUAUGUACUUUGCGCGUGGGGAUCCUGACUCCGAGACGCCGGAAAUACACUACCUGAUCGAUCGCAAGAACGAUUAUCGAUACGUUCGGGGCCUACAUUUUCCCCUGCCGGGCGAUGAUACUUUUCAGAAGUUUCAUGUGGAUACAUUGAUUGAUGGGGAGCUGGUGAAUGAUGUAUAUGAGGAUGGGACGGAGCAGCUUAAAUUUUACGUCUUCGACUGCCUGGUGUUGGAUGGGAUGAGCCUGAUGCAUCGCACGCUCGAUAAGAGGCUGGCUUAUUUUAAGGAGAAAGUCUUAAGGCCAUAUAAUGCGAUGUACAAGAAGUUUCCAGAAGAGAAGCAGCACCGGGCAUUCGCCGUUGAGGACAAGUCUACCCAAUUCAGUUAUGGCAUAGAAAUGAUGUUUCGAGAUAUUAUUCCCAAGGUCAAGAAGAUCCACGGAAAUGAUGGACUUAUUUUCACCUGCCGAAGUACCCCAUAUAAAAUAGGCACGGAUGAACAUAUACUAAAGUGGAAACCCCCAGAGGAAAACAGCAUUGACUUUCGCAUGAGAUUGGAAUUUCCGAUGGUGGACCCAGAUUCCGAAGAUGAAGCAGAUGGCUUGACGGAGACCUUCCCUGAUUAUGAUUCCAUUCCAACCUGCCAUCUAUUCGUGCUAUACAGACAAAACGAUUAUCGACAUUUUGGCACCAUGCACCUUGAAGAAUCAGAAUGGGAAGACCUGAAAGGUCUAGGGAAACCACUCGACGAUACAAUUGUUGAAUGCUAUCCUGAUGAGCCUGGCCGCUGGCGCUUCUUACGGUUCCGUGACGAUAAGAACGAUGCAAAUCACAUCUCAACUGUCGAGAAGGUAAUGGAGAGUAUCCAGGAUCGCGUGACAGAAGAAGACCUCAUUGCAGCUGCACCAGCUAUCAAAACUGCUUGGAAAAAGAGACAGGCUGAAGAAGAAGCAGCUAGAAAAAGGCCGAACGGAACAUCUCAGCCUAGCGCUAAUGGCUUGAAAAGAAAACUUGAGGAGUGA